AUGCUGAUCAAGGAGUAUCGGAUCCCCAUGCCUAUGAGUGUGGAGGAGUACCGCAUUGCUCAGCUCUACAUGAUACAGAAAAAGAGCAGACAGGAAAGUUGUGGUGAGGGCAGCGGGGUCGAGAUCCUGGAGAACAAACCCUACGAGGACGGCCCCGGUGGCUCUGGCCAGUACACUCACAAGGUGUAUCACAUCGGGAAACACAUCCCUUCCUGGUUUUGUGCCAUUCUGCCUCAAGCUGCCCUUCGAGUGGAGGAGGAGUCUUGGAACGCUUACCCGUAUACACGAACCCGGUAUACCUGUCCCUUUGUUGAGAAAUUCUCCAUAGACAUUGAGACUUAUUAUAAACCAGAUACUGGAAAUCAAGUGGAUGUCUUCAAUCUGUCCUCUGCUGAGAAAAGACAGAGGACUAUUGACCCCAUAGACAUAGUCAAGGACUACAUACCUCCUCAUGAGUACCUGGUGGAAGAAGACCCUAAGCUGUAUCAGUCAGUCAAAACUAAACGGGGUCCACUGUCAGAGGACUGGAUUGAGGAGAUCAACCAGAAUCUGGGCCGGAGUCCUGUCAUGUGUGCCUACAAGCUGUGCAAAGUGGAGUUCAGAUACUGGGGCAUGCAGUCCAAGAUUGAGCGCUUCAUACACGAUGUGGGCCUGCGUAAAGUCAUGGUUCGAGCCCACCGGCAGGCGUGGUGCUGGCAGGACGAGUGGUACGGCCUGACCAUCGAGGACAUCAGGCAGCUGGAGCUGGAGACCCAGCUGGCUUUGGCUAAGAAGAUGGCCCAGUACAGCCUGAAUGAGGGAGGGGGAACGGAAGCCAACAGCUCCUUCAUUAGCCAGGAGCAGGAGCAGGGAGCAGAGACGGUGUCCUUGGCUGCAGAGGAAGAGGGAGCAGGAGGCAAGCUUGGAGAUUCACUUGAGACAAGGGGGGAACUCACAAAGCAGUGGUCAACAUCCUCAAGAUCCUCCAACAGGUCAUCAAAGCGAGGAGGCAGUCCAUCUCAUCAGAGCAUUUCAGAGUGGAGGAUGCAGAGCAUUGCCCGGGACUCAGAUGACAGCACGGACGAUGAGUUCUUUGAUGCUCAUGAGGACUUUUCUGAUAAUGAAGAGCUAUUUUCCAAGGAAAUCACCAAGUGGAGCUCAAACGAUCUGAUGGACAAAAUAGAAACAAUAGAAGUGGAGGAUGAAGGACAAGAAACCUUGUAUCAGGAGUCGGUGGUCGGGGAGUAUGCCGUCAAUGAGGAGACACAAAUAGAGGACUGUUCUUCCCAGCAAUGUCUCCAGCCUUCCAAAAUUCAUGUCCUCAUUCUGGUCCUGCAUGGAGGCAACAUACUGGACACCGGCUCAGGAGAACAGAACAGCAAGCAGGGAGAUGUAAACACGCUAAGUGGGGCUUUUGAGACUGUGAUGAGGGUCCAUUAUCCUGCAGCGCUGGGUCGCAUUGCCAUCCGGAUGGUCCCCUGUCCCGCUGUGUGUGUCGAAGCAUUCUCUCUAGUGUCCAAUCUUAGCCCCUACAGCUACGACGAGAGUUGUCUGUCCAGCAGUCAGGACCAUAUUCCACUGGCCGCUCUUCCUCUUUUGGCUACUUCUGCACCGCAGUACCAAGACGCUGUGGCAACCGUCAUCUUACGAGCUAAUCAGGUGUACGGCGACUUCAUCCGAUCUUUAGAAGGAGCUUCUUUUAAUGGCCAGGUGUGUGUUAUUGGGGACUGUGUUGGGGGCAUUCUGGGCUUUGAUGCGCUGUGCAGCAGUUCUGUGACGGUAUCAGAAAGCCAAAACAGCAGCAGACGGGGCAGUGCCAUUAGUGUCCAGGACACAGACCUUCUUUCCCCUGGUAUUGUCAUAAACAGCGUCUCUUCUUCCUCGCCAUCCCUUGAAGGAAGCCGCCAUCUCAGCCGCAGCAACAUUGACAUCCCUCAGUGCUCGGGGCCUGAUGACCCCAAGAAGCAACUUCCACGCAAACGCAGUGACUCCUCCACGUAUGAGCUGGACACCAUCAAACACCACCAAGCCUUCCUGUCCAGCCUUCACUCCAGCGUUCUCCACAGGGAGGCUGGAUCCCGACGCUCCAGCAACAGCACCAUGUUGGAGGGAGGAUCCUUGGGGAAAUUCGAAUUUGAGGUGACUGACUUCUUCCUGUUUGGCUCUCCUCUGGGGCUGGUGCUUGCACUGAGGAAGACUGUGGUGCCAACUUUAGAUGUGUCGGCUCUGCGUCCAGCCUGCCAGCAGGUUUACAACUUGUUUCACGCAGCCGACCCCUCCGCCUCCCGUCUCGAGCCUCUCCUGGACAAGAGGUUCUACCUGCUGCCUCCCUUUAGCGUCCCCCGCUAUCAGCGCUUUCCUCUGGGUGAUGGACACUCAGCUCUCUUGGUUGAGACUGUGCAGAGUAACCCUCAGCUUCUGAUGGAGUCUGGCAGUACAGCAUCACACCGCAGCCAGGAAAGCACUGUCAGUGAGACCUCCAUCCCGGUGCCUGUCCUCAACUGGCAGACCUCCCAGAGCCACACAGAGACGGACACUCUUCACUCACAUACUCUUGUUGACAGCCAGCACCCAUCAUCAGCAUCACCAGGGCUUCCUCACCUUCGCUGCAACCGUAGAGCCAGCGAGGCCAGCCUAGCCAGCCAGGUGUCAGGCUUAGCAGACUCUUACACUGCCUCCAACAUCGCCACAACAAACAAAUGUGAAGUGAGCCACGCUAAAAGGCCCAGUCUGCUGUCACAGCUGCAUCUACCCUGCCAUAGAUUUGCCUCUCGGAGCACACCCCCUCGGUUGCGCAAGAAAAUUCGUCAGGUUUUUCCGAGACCCAACGGUGUGGAGUCUGAGCAGAGCUCGGACGUUAGCUCUGACAUGACUUCUGACAUGACCUCUGACCUCACCGAUGUCACUUCUGACAUCACUGACAUCAGCUCGGCGCCCCCGUCACCCGGGGUGCUGAAGAACAUAGAGAAAGUUGCCUCUCGGUGGUGGGGCAGUAAGAGGAUGGACUUCACUCUGUACUGUCCCGAUGCCCUGACAGCGUUUCCAACGGUGGCUCUGCCUCAUCUGUUCCAUGCCUCCUACUGGGAGUCUACGGAUGUUGUCUCAUUUAUACUCAGACAGGUAAUGAGACAUGAGAAUUCCAGUAUUUUGGAGCUGGAUGGUAAAGAAGUGUCUGAAUUCACUCCUUCAAAACCUCGAGAGAAGUGGCUCAGAAAGAGGACUCACGUUAAACUUCGGAAUGUGACAGCUAAUCACCGCGUGAAUGACGCCGUGUUCACAGAGGACGGAGCGCAGGCGCUGAUGGGACGUUUCAUGUAUGGUCCUCUGGACAUGGUCACACUGACCGGAGAAAAGAUUGACAUUCACAUCAUGACCCAGCCUCCCUCUGGAGAGUGGGUGCACUUUGACACAGAGCUCACUAACAACAGUGGACGCGUCUCUUACGUACUCCCUGAGAGCAGAAGGCUGGGUAUCGGGGUGUAUCCUGUCAAAAUGGUGGUCAGGGGCGACCACACAUUUGCAGACAGCUACCUUACUAUAGUACCACGAGGAACGGAGUUUGUUGUAUUCAGCAUUGACGGGUCGUUUGCUGCCAGUGUGUCUAUAAUGGGGAGUGACCCUAAGGUUCGAGCUGGGGCUGUGGAUGUGGUGAGGUAUUGGCAGGACUUGGGUUAUUUGAUAGUGUAUGUCACAGGCCGUCCUGACAUGCAGAAGCAGCGCGUGGUAGCCUGGCUCUCCCAGCAUAACUUUCCUCACGGCAUCGUCUCUUUCUGCGACGGCCUGGUGCAUGACCCCCUCCGACACAAAGCCAACUUCCUCAAGUCCCUCAUCAACGAGGCCCACAUGAGGAUCUUUGCAGCCUAUGGCUCCACCAAGGACAUCUCAGUGUAUACUUCUAUUGGCCUUCCUCCGUCUCACAUCUACAUAGUGGGAAGGCCCACGAAGAAAAUGCAGCACCAGUGCCAGUUCAUCCUGGAUGGCUAUGCUUCCCACCUGUCUCAGCUGGAAUACAACCAAAGGUCUCGCCCAGCCAAGUCUGCCAGUACCCGCAUGGUCCUCCGCAAGGGCAGCUUUGCUCUGGGUGCAGCCGGAGGAGACUUUCUCCGCAAACGCAACCACAUCUUUCGUACCAUCUCCUCUCAGCAGCCUGGAGGGUCGGGGUCUAGCUCACCUAACCUGCCAGGCCGGACCGAGCGCACGCUCAGCCAGUGUGAAGUGGAGCGGGAUAGAGGGGUCGCUGCCGCAGCACAGAGGAGUAUGAGUAUAGCUGCGGGGUGCUGGGGCCGCAGCAGCAGCACCAAGGAGGGCAGUGGAGGCUUACUUGGCCCCAAGUAAGGUUUAAAAAAAAUAAACUUUGGUAUAAAGGACCCUGUCUGAGCCACUAUGAUCUCUGGACUGGGUAAAGAUAGAAGAUAGAUAGGUGGAGAAAAGAUAGGAGGAUGUGGAUGAAGGGUCUGUGAAAGGAAUACACAGAGGGUAUAGCAUGAGUAACACAUAAUUAUUAGAGAUUAGGAAGGAGCGAUGAGCAGGGAUCUAUCCAGAAGGAGUGGACUAAUCAGGCCAAGUGGGAUCUAGAGAAUAAAACAGUUCUGUAGCAUGACUCUUUUACAGUUAUACUUUUAUAGGAUAUACCACUAUUUUAAAAAAUGACAAGGAAGGAUUAAAAAAAAAUUGUAAGCCUUAAACUAAUCUCGUCUAACGGGAGCCCCUCCCUUCUCCUUUUCAAGCAACGCACUGUCCAAACAUUCACACUCAUGAGCUCAGGACAAACUGCAGAGCCCGAUUCACCUUCAGACAGUCAACCAUGAGGCCAAGGUCGUUUGGCAGCCGCGGCAAAGGGCCAGUGAAUUUCACUUGAGUUUCUUUCCCACUGCUUUGGAACACGGCUGUGACUGGCAAUAAGUGUAGAAAAUCCUCACGAUGUAACACAGGAGAAAAGCAAAUGGAGACCUUACUGUAAAGGAUCAGUCCAUCCAAAUUGUGCCAAAAGAAGAUUAUAUCUUGCCGAAGCAUGCUAGCACAAAGUCCAUCCAGUCGGUUGUUAGAUUAGACAUGAGUUACUUUCCUACCACAGGAUUUGUCCAGAGGUAUCUGAUAUUAAGAUGAUGGAAACUUUGGUGGAACUACUUUCGCUCAUGCAAGUAUUAAAAAAUGUACCUGAGCGAGACUUCACACAAGCUUUACUCAUUCGUUUUGUACUGUAUUAGAUCCAUUUAUCACUACCUGAGUGGAACAUAAUGAAACCGAGCAUGCGAUGUGUAUCAUUUAUUGUUUGCGCAAGGGGUGGAAACAAAGUAAUUUGUCUUAGACACAUAACCAAGUAUUUCAAUUUUAAGUUUUCCAUGUGUCCUUUUGGGAUAAAGUCCAAAAUUCUCAACCUGUGUGGAUGCAGUGGAUCCACUGCUGUGGAUUUUAGAUAAGACUCAUUUGACCACUGCUCUAAGGUUAUAAAUAUCAGCCUCUUGGCUGACCCAAAUACUCAGUAUAUUAUGCACCAUGCUAACAAAUGGGAAACAUGAAGCUCACGGCAUUGUUACUGGACAAAUGAUAGCACGAUGACAUUAGCAUUUCACUUAGUGUAAUGCUAAAUCUAUGAGCACCACAAACAAUUUACCUUCACUGUACUGUGCUGGCAGAGCUUUGAAAAUAAACCCUAAUCCUUGUUCUAGAAACCAAAAGACAUGAGUAAAGAAAUAUGUAUUUUAGAUGAACUGAUCCUUUGAACAAGUAAGAGCUGGAUUUGUGAAAUAUGUUGUAUCACAGAGGAAAGUGCUUGUUGUCUUAGUCACAGAUCAGUCUUGUCUUGUCCCUGUUUUUUCACUGCUAGCAGGUUGCCACUUCAGAUUUCCUUCCACCCUGUGUGAGACUCUGUAGUAUUUGCUGUUUCAGUGUGGCCUCUGGGCCAUCCAAGGCCUUAAUAUCCCACAAGACACUUACACCGCAGAGGGAACAAAAGGCAGAAAAACAGGGCAUGCAGCAUUAACGCAACAACUGAGACUCUGUACAGUCCACAGCAACUAUCCCUUUAUAUAGAUUCAUCUGCUUGCAAUACCUCUGAUCCACCUGCUGGUGGUGCUCCGUUUUCCAUACAUGCUGCUGCUGGGAGACACUUUUGUGACGUUUCCUGGGUUUUUGCUCUUUUUGCUCGUAGGAUAUCAUGCAGGAUGGACCUGGAGCUUGUUUCAUUUCAGACUGAACUUUCACUCACAAAUGUGUUUCAGUAUUUGCACCAAAUGGACUGAAGAAUGAGCCGAAGUGAUUCAGCUUGAAUGUUGAAAUGACUUAACAUGAAUUAUUGGUGGUGAGUGUGGAAGUCCCCACUGCCCUCUCUUUCACUUUGCAGUGCAAAUAUCAUUUUGCUGCUUCAGUCUGUUGGAACUGCAUAUUUCCAUAUGCAGGUGUAAAAGAAGAAGCCACCUCACAUCUCUGAUGCAACCCCCCCACAAACAGCGGGCACACAACAGGCAGAUUUUUUGGGCUUUGACCACUCUCAUGUGUUAAAGGAUAGGUAAAAAUACAUUUCAGGUUUGAAAAAAAAAGUCAGGUGCUUGUAUGAACACUGAAACUGAUUUUUCUUUCAAGAAUACCUCCUGUUCUAACUAGACAUGAAGAAAAACAUACCUAAUGUGCUCCCAGUUUAGGUGAUAGUGGACAAAAUCCACAAUCCUUAUUUUUGGCAAAAAUGUGUAAAUAUGCUAACAUAGAAAAAAUAUCUCUGGACAAAUUUCAGCCAGUUUUCAGAGUGGUCUACUAACGACAAGGCUUGUUAAUUUAUAUCUCAAAAAACUACCCAAAUUCAGUCAUAGGUUUAGUCUGUGACCCUGAUAUUAUUGAAUCUAUACUACAAAUUCACUAAAAGCCCAUCUGCAUCUACACUAGUCCUGGGCAGCCUCUCCAGUAAGUCUUCCAUUCUUGGGGACCUUCUCAAAUUAAUGGUGGUUUGCUUUCUAAUAACAGAUAUUUCCUGAUCCUGGUACAGGACCAACUUGGUGGAAACACAGGAUACUUUUGGACUGUCUCAAGUAAGAGUAGAAGACAUAUACACUGUAGAAAGCAUUCAGGGUAGGGCCUGUUUUGGUACCAUAUCCUGUGGUGCUCAUCAGGGCUCCAUUCUUGGUCCUCUGUCCUUGUGUUUCUCAAACAAAACAGAUUUCUUUUGGACUGUGGUGUACCACCAUUAAUUGAUGCUGAAAAUAAAAUAAUCAUAUAAGAGUAAAGAAUUACAAUAUUUCAAGAAAUUAAUCUGGAUGUAUUGGAAAUAUGAAUAUAAAAACUGACCGACUCUGCAGCCCCAAAAAUGUAGUUUAUGAGUGCUUGACAUUCUGUGAAGUGAUUCAGAAUACUUCCAGUAUUUUACAAGUUGACUACAACCUCUGACUACAGACCACCAUUUAUAAUUCAGGCCACAGAUGACACUAUGUAUUCUGGUUUGUUCACUUUUUUUUUUUUUCAAUAAACCAAAAAAAAAAAAAUUGAAGCUAAUUAUACAAAAUUGUGGUUUGACAAAACUCAACUAUGCAACAGCAGGUUCUUCAUUCAGCAUCACUUCCAAGUGUAUAGAUCAUUAAUUUUAUUAUUAUAUUAUUUUAGAUAGCUUUAGAUGCAGGCUGAUGAUGGGGAAGAGAAAGCUGUGCUGGAAGGAAAGAUGAUUCAGAGAAAUUGAACCAACUUUUGGUGGAAACAAAAAAAUCAGACGUAUGAUUAAAAUAGUGUUUAUAAAAAUGAUUUAUAAAGGGCCAUAUGCUUGAUCAUUAAAAUCUACCUUACUUCCUUCUGAUAUGAUAAUAAUAUUUUUUUAAUACAGUUAGUUUUUUAAGUUAUUUGUUUUUAUACAUACUCUAUAUUAAUUUGGCACGACCUGACAGAAACUCAAAGAUGAAAUUUAAAGCCUUGGAAAUCAUUCGCUUACUGUAAUAUUUUAACCCAAACUGUCAAAGGAAUGUUCAUUAUAGUAAUAGCAAGCAACAUUUCAAAUGUAUUUUUGCAUGCACUGGAAGUCUAAACAAAGGAUGUGUGAUUAUACAUGUGUAUCCUUUGUAUAGACUUAAUUCUAACAGUUUCAGUGUUCAGAUAAGGAUCUGGCUAUUUCUGAAGCACGAAAAAUUGUGAAUCUGUCCUUUAAGCCUUUAGUUUUAAGGAUGUGUGAAGCAGCCGUACUGCUCAUCAGGCUCAUUUUACUAUGCUGCUGCUUUAUGCCCAGCUUCCAUGCUACACAAAAGUGCAUCUGUUUCCACUCUGUGUGAUCAAGAAUGUCUUGAACCUACCACAAAAGCCAAAUUACUGUAGUUAAUCAACUGUGUAACCUCAUUAUUCUUUUUUGCACUAGUUUGCAGUGGAGUAUGCUGUAGUUACCAUCUCAUGAUGCUACAUUUGAACACCUCUGUAGUGCAUGACAGUUUUUAGUUAUGUCAGGGUAUACUAUACAUGCAGGUAUGCACACGUCUGUGCAUUUGGUCAGGAUAUGAAAAAUAAUGUAAGUACAUGUGCCAAACAGUUAACAAGGAACUCUAAAGGAGGCUUUCGAUCAGAGGUUUUCAAAGUCUGAAACUAUGUUCCCCCACUGCUGCUUGCCCACCCUCACACCCUAUAUCCUCCUAAAAUUACUAUUUUUUUAUUUGGUGGAGGAUUUUUCUUUAAGCUUUGAAAUUACAGUAACUGUAAUUCUUUGAAAAUUUGUGAAAAUACUGUGGGCUUUAACAUGUUUUUAUUCCUUAAGUUUAAUUUAAUUUUUCCUUUCAUGCAAUCUUACUGUAUUGGACGUAUGGAAAAUACCUGAUUUCUUUAUGCCACUGGCUACAUACACAGACCCAUAAUGUAUAACUCACUAACCAGGGUAGUUAGAAGACUCCUGGGAAUGCAGCAAAGCAUUCAAGUAUGAGUAUUUUUAAAGGAAGCUAAUUAGCUUUGUGUUGAUAUGUGAGAACCACGGACUAAGGCUAGGGAAUAACUCUUUCUUUCUUUCACUGCUAUUUGUUUAGAUUUUGGCCACAUGAAAAGCCUUGUAGAAAUGGUCUUAGCUAACAGCAGUUCCUGUUUGCACUGUACCCAUGAAUGUAUAGAUAACUAGCAUUUAGUUAUAUUAAAAAAAUAGAGAUAGCAAUGUCUUCUGAAAGUAUAUGACCCAUUUAAGCUAAAGAUAUGUGUAUCACAUAUGUCCACUCAUUUUUAAGUUGGAAGUGAGACGCUAAAUGUUAAGUAGGACAAUUCAAAGGGCCAAAAAAGACAACUAGUGCUUCCUCUUGCUUUCAAACACCUGUGCACACCUGUCCCCUUCGCUUGACACAGAUUGGAGGUCGUCAUAGUUUGAAAGCCCCUGAUAUAGACUGUAUCCAGGCUUUAGUGAGAAAGGGAAAUAGUGUGUACUGAGAGCAAUCUUCUUAAUGCUUCGACUGGAUUUCGAUUUGUUGAAUACAUGAUAUUAAUGAUAUUGAAUGUUGUAUGAGAAGAAAAUGGGCGUGCUGCCAAAACCUCGGACAAUGUGCUGAAGUAAGAGAAGUCCUGGCGUGAGGUUCUGUCGUGCUGUGGGUGGCAGGUUAUUUUGGAAGCUAACACUUUGUUUCCAUUUGGUCAUUUUGGCUGCUGAGUUGAAUGUCUGCCCAUCUGGAUUCUGACACUGUUCAGGAGCCAUGGAUGUGUCACUGUACAUACUGUAAAGAUAUAUAUGUAGGAAAUUUACGGUUGAGGUUUAUUUAUUUAUUUAUUUAUUAAAGGAUCAUUGCGUUACUCUGGAAUUUCAGGUGAACUAUAAUUGAAAUAUGUAGCAAUUUAUUUGUCACUUUGGCGGUCAUUGAGGCUGUGGACCAACACAGGAAGCUUUUUUUGUUCUUACCAGUGCAAUAUUGUUGUUCCAGUCACAGCAGGGACACAAUCUACCACAGUCCAAGCUACAGGCAGUCUGAAGGCAUACACAUGCAUACCCCACCUGCAGCUGUCUUUCACACCACGUGAAAACUAUUUGUAUUUGAGCUGCUGUUGACCUUUGCUGUCUCUUUACAACAGUCAAGUGUGUUUUUUAGGACUACUGUACCUAUUUUUCAAAUGGGAGUAUUUUACAAAACCUUUGAAAUAUAACUCAACUGUUUUCUCAGUCUGCAGUGGGUGCAUGGAAAAAUAAAAGCCCAUAACAGAAAACUAUUUAACAAGCUGUUGCAUGUUGUCAAAUCAGACUAAAGUUACGUAACCUACGCUGUUAAAAAUAAUAAACCAAUUAUGUUGUCCAUUAUGUCCUCACUGUUAAACCGAACAUGUAUACGAACAAAAAAUAUGAAGAAAACAAAACAGCAGAUUAUAUUUAAGAUUAUCAUAAUUAUUGCCACUUUUGGAUAAGAAUAAAUGUAGAGACCUACAUCUUCAGCUUUAAACAGUACAGUAUUACUUUGUGGUUCCACUUUCUAAUAAAGCACCUAUUGUGAAAGGGUCUCAAGCGUCAAGCUAAACGACGUGUUGAGAAGCUCUGACAAGAUCCCACUCUUCAUUUCAGCCUGUAACAGACUACUGAGUUUAGCUUUAAUCCUGAAACAGUGAAUAGAAGUGAGCACACUCUGUGGCUUCCAGUAGCAUGGUUUUAGUAAGUUUAGUACUCAUUUGUUGAAGGCAUUUUUUUGUAAACACAGUUUAAAACCUUCCCAAAAUUUUGCUUCUGCUUUUUGUUAAAUAAAUGGCAAAAGUGAGUAAUGUUUUGUAGUUCAUCUGAGGCUGUAUUUACCUAAUUUUAAGACCUGCUAAUAACUAUAGUGGGAAAAAUAAAUAUUUGAUACACUG